AUGUUAGCCCUUAAGCGUCUUCAGAGCCAAUACCGUUCCUUCCAAACCAAACCAACCCUUUGGAAAACAUAUACCGCAACCUUUACGGACUACCUGGAGCAGGGCAUAAUAGAGGAGGUCGACGAGCAUCAGUUCGACGACCACAGAGUCUAUUAUAUCCCGCAUCAGGCAGUCAUAAAGGAAACAUCGGCCACCACUAAAUUGAGAGUCGUGUUCGAUGCGUCCUCCCACUACAGAGGCGCACCGAGCUUAAACGACUGUCUCCACUCUGGCCCCGCAAUCCUACCAGACAUGGUAGGAAUCCUCCUCCGUAGCCGCUUAACACCCUAUCUCCUUAUUGCCGACGUAGAGAAGGCUUUCCUUCAGAUUCGUUUACAACGUAAUCAACGGGAUGCCACUCGUUUCCUUUGGCUUCGCAACCCUAACCUACCACCAACUCCGGAUAAUCUUCGGAUCUUCCGGUUUACCCGCGUACCAUUCGGUAUAACCGCAUCACCAUUCCUUUUAGCCGCAUCCAUACUGUAUUACCUCCAUCUUGAACCAUCGAAGCCGCUCCACAAGGAGAUCGAGGACAACAUCUACGUCGACAAUAUCCUUCUUAGUGCCUUGUCCGAGCGACAAGCCAUUAAGAAGUACCGCUCUUCCAAAUCCCUAUUUAACUCCAUGCACAUGAACCUUCGAGAGUUCUUGUGCAACUCCAACACCGUUAACCAGUCCAUAGAGCCAUCUGAUCGAGUCAGGAAUCCAUCCUCCGUGAAGCUCCUUGGUAUUCCCUGGAAUUCACGCACCGACACCCUUCUCAUACCACUUAAAACCGCAUCCGCGAAUGUGUACUCGAAGCGCACAGCGCUCAGUGCAUGUUCAUCCACCUUUGAUCCACUUGGUCUUCUCACACCAUUCUUAGUGCCCUUCAAGGUAUUCAUCCAGGACAUCUGGAAGAAGGAAUACCAGUGGGACACUCCAUUUGACCAAGAGGACCAUCAGCGAUGGGACGAAUUGGUCCAGCAACUCAAAUAUCCGUUGCCACCAAUUCCACGUUUCAUCGCUUCCGCAAACCGCAACACCACUUAUGAGCUCGCAGUCUUUGGAGACGCCUCACAACGUCUCUUUGCCUGCUGUGCUUACCUUAUUAGCCGCUCACCAUCAACCACUUCUUCACAGCUAAUCAUGGCUAAGUCAUUAUUAGCGACGGCUAAACUCCAGAUGACUAUGCCACGAUUAGAGUUGCUCGCAUCCCUAAUAAGUGUGCGUCUAGCACGCUUCCUCCAUCACCAACUCCAUCUUAAAAUCCGCACUAUCCAUUUCUUUUCUGACUCGAAGAUAGCGCUCCAUUGGAUCCACUCAUCUCGUCCACUUAAACGGUUCGUUCAGAAUCGAGUGAACGAGAUCCGCACCAUUUUAACCACCUUCCACAAGACAGACGUUCAGACGAAGUUCUACUAUGUGCAGUCAGACUCUAAUCCAGCUGACUGUGCAACUCGUGGACUUUCGACCGCUGACGCUGUCAACCACAUCUGGUGGCAUGGACCAUCUUUCCUUCGUGCUCCACAGUCGGAUUGGCCUAAGGCCGAUACGGACUUUGCCCUACCUCAGGAUCUUUGUCCUGAGGCGGAGCACGAGUUUCAGGCCCUUAGUGUCCUUCCGACACAACCAUAUGAAUCACCAUUCCGCUUCCGUGCCACUAGUAGUUACCUUAAGCUCAUCCGUUCAACCGCGUAUGUGCUUAAGUUCAUCAAAGCCCUAUUCCAAAAAACCCGCAUACGCAAUUACACCCUCAACCUAGCCACUGUUGUACUGUCCAAGGACGUUUCAGCCUCGGAGAUCACCAACGCGGAAACUCUCCUCAUUAUGGAGCAUUACCGCGAGAGUGAAUCCACGUUGAAACGACUACCACUGGACAAGUACAACGCUCACCGCGCUGCAGAUGGAUUGAUCCGAUGUCCGAAUCGAUUAGAUCAUGCUCGGACUUCGUCUCAGUCAUCUGCACCAAUCCUUCUUAUUCCGGAGCACCACUUUGUCCAUCUUCUCGUUAUGUACCACCACAAAACCAGGUUCCAUUCAGGUGUUCAUGCCACAAUAGCCGCUCUCCGCACAUCAUAUUUCAUCCCUUCCAUCAAAACCACCAUCACCAGAAUCCUUCGGCUCUGUACAGUAUGUAGAAGAGCCCAAGGACACGCUUACCGCUAUCCUGAGAUGCCUAGUCUCCCUCCGGAACGAGUCAACCGCUCUAGACCGUUCCAGAAGGUUGGACUAGACUACUUAGGACCACUCUACUAUAGAGAUCAGCUCCAUUCUCAGGCCAAGAUUUGGAUCUGUCUCUUCACCUGUAUGGCAACCCGCGCUGUACAUCUCGAGUUAGUCCACAACAACACCGCAUUCGAGUUUUUGCUCGCCUUUCGCCGUUUCAUUGCUCGCAGAGGCACUCCGGACCUCAUUAUCAGCGACAAUGCCACCACUUUCCGCUCAGCUAACGAUUCCCUACAAAGCACCAUCUAUAACCGCAAAGCCAUAGAAAAGAUAUCCACUCAACUCGCCAACCGCAAGAUCGAAUGGAGGUUCAUCACUCCUCUUUCCCCAUGGAAAGGAGGAUUUUAUGAACGUCUAGUCGGUCUCUUCAAAUCCGCAUUCAAAAAAGCCAUCAAACAUACCCUAUUACCACUUUCGCAAUUUCAGACCCUGGUUGCAGAAAUUGAAGCAGUGCUCAACUCCAGACCACUUUUAUCCAUCAGUGACACAUCAUCUUCACCGCAUGUCCUUCGACCAAUAGAUUUCGUCUCACCGCAAGUGGAACUCCAAUUACCAUCUCCGCACCACAACCCUCUCUACAUCCCUCCAAACCGUCUUUCCGAAUGGUAUAAGGAGACACUUGCCGUAUUGAACAACUUCUGGGACAUUUGGUACAAGGACUACUUAUCCGCAAUAUCCGCACGUCACCAACACCGUAUCCAUCAAGGAAGGUCAAGUCCACUCAUUCCAUCGGUAGGAGACGUUGUUCUCAUUGCCGAUAAGAAUGUUCCACGUGGACAAUGGCCUUUAGCCAUCAUAACCACUAUCCACCGCACCAAAUCCAACAUACCCAGAUCAGCCACUGUCCGCAUUGCAAACGGUCAUGAGUUGCAGAGAUCGAUCAAUCAACUACAUCCAUUGGAGAUUUCUGCAAAGGAAGACCCACGACCGAAGAAGAGCCGCCAACAACUGCAACCCACAAGGAUCCAACCACCACGAGCAGCCAAACGGGUACGAUUCGCACUUGGUACGAAGCGAGCGUGA